UUCAAGAUGGAGGACCAGGAAAAGAAGCCGCUGUUGGGAGACAGAGACAAUGGACCAGUUGUCGCAGUUCCAGAAGACGAUGUUGUCCUCGAAGGCUGUGGUGGAACGUUGGCAUGCGAUCCUAGAAGGGCACUUCACAAAUACCUUAUACUUAUCAUUAUGUGCUUCCUUAGCUUUGGGAGUUAUUUCUGCUAUGACAACCCAGCUGCCUUGCAGGACACUAUGCUCAAAGACCUGAACAUCAAUGAGUCCAUUUACAUGUUGUUCUAUUCCCUGUACUCCUGGCCCAAUGUGAUUUUGUGUUUCUUUGGAGGUUUUCUGAUUGACCGUGUCUUUGGUAUUAGACUCGGGGCAAUUAUUUUCAGUUUGUUUGUCACUGCUGGUCAGGUAGUCUUUGCAUUAGGGGCAUUUUUUAAUCUUCCAAUUGUUAUGCAUAUUGGAAGAUUCAUAUUUGGAAUUGGUGGAGAGUCUCUGUGUGUGGCCCAAAACACAUAUGCGGUCAGCUGGUUCAAGGACAAGGAGUUGAACAUGGUAUUUGGGCUGCAGCUUAGUUUCUCAAGAGUGGGAAGUACAGUAAACAUGAAUAUCAUGCAACCUCUAUAUGAUGCGAUGAAGAAGUCAUUUCCAGAUCAGCAAGGUUAUGUGAUUUUGGGAGGCACACUCAUGAUUGGUGUGGGUUUCUGCAUAGCUUCCUUGUUUUGUUCCUUUGCAUUGGCAUAUUUUGACAAAAGAUUAGAAAGAAUUCUCAGGAAAGAAGAAGCAAAAACAGGAGAAGUGAUAUCUCUUCGAGACAUCAAAGACUUUCCCGCCAGCGUGUGGCUGAUGUGUAUUAUCUGUGUGGCAUAUUACGUGGCUGUAUUUCCUUUUAUUGGGCUUGGACUAGUUUUCUUUGAAAUGAAAUUUGGACUUUCUCCAAGUGCAGCAAGUGCAUGUAAUAGUGUUGUUUAUAUCAUCUCAGCGGGUGCCUCCCCUCUGUUUGGUUUCUGUAUAGACAAGCUAGGCAAGAAUAUCUUCUGGGUUAUCACUGGGGUCAUCAUCACGUUAGCGUGCCACGCCUGUCUUGCAUUUACCUGGAUAAAUCCUUUUGUUCCCAUGGUGAUUAUGGGAUUUUCUUACUCCAUUUUGGCCAGUGCAUUGUGGCCUAUUGUUGCCAUGGUAGUGCCUGAACAUCAGCUUGGAACAGCUUACGGGAUUAUGCAAGCUGUACAAAACCUGGGUCUAGCAGUGAUUUCCAUGGUGUCCGGCAUGAUUCUGGACUCCAAAGGUUAUCUGGUGUUAGAAGUGUUCUUCCUCAUAUGGUUGUGUGUUGCCUUAAUAGCAUCAGUACUGUUGUACCUAGUGGAUGCAGCUAAAGGAGGACAUAUCAACUUAUCUGGCUUCCAGAGGAGAAAAAUUCAGAAGGCAAAUGAAGAAGCAGAUGAAAAAUCCAAAUAAAUUAACUUGGACUGUUUUAUUUACCACUAGCUAAACCAGAUUUCUGAUAGAUGCAAUGCUUACUGUAGCAUUUAAAAUGGCAUCAAAUAUAUUUUUGAUUCAGAAACGGGUU